AUUAAAAUAGUAUCUUUUGGACAUCCAUAACAUUUUUAAAGAACUUUUAGUUAAAAUAAAAAAAACAUAUAAAUAAACUUUAAUUUAAAAAAAAUUAAACAUUCGGCUGUAGAGAAACCAUUUAAAAUGCCGGAGAAAGCCGAGGAAUCUGCCGCUCCCGCUGUAGAUUCACCUGCCAUUGUGCCCGUCAGUUUGCAAUCCCAGGAUUCGGGUGCCUUGGAAGAUAUGGACUUGGAAGAAAAGCCGGUGAAGGGAGGAAAGAAAUCCAAGAAGAGUCGGUACUCGGAGGAGGAAAUGGAGUUUAAAAAGCUUGCCCAACGUCGCAUUAACGUGGCCGGAGCACCAAAGAUGCCUCUUAAUGGCUACGUCCGUUUCAUGAACGACCGUCGUGAGGAGCUCCGACGUGAACAGCCCCACCGCACUGCCCUGGAGCAUACCAAAAUCAUUGGUGAGGAGUGGCAGCAGUUGUCAGAAGACCGCAAGAUGCCCUACAUAGAGGCAGCCGCUAAGGACAAGGCCAUUUACCAGGAGCAAUUGCAACUGUUUCUUAAGGAACAUCCCGAAAUUGUGGCCAAGGAGCUAGCCAAGGCCAAGAAGGCAACCAAGAUAGAACCUACUCCAAAGGAGAACAGCAGCGCCACCAAGGGAAAGAAACCCAAGGCGAAAACAACGCCCGUAAAAAGGCAAAGCGAGGAUCCCGAUGACAUCCCUUUGGCUCAAGUCAAGCGGACUCCAACACCACAGCCUACUCCUGUAGCACCGCCAGUUACGACACCUGCAGCCAGCUCUCAGCCAGUACCACCAGCGCCGGUCAUUGCCCCUCGACCCCUGCAACCCGGAGAGAUUCCCAUCUACACAAAUGAAUUCAUCGAGCACAAUCGCAGCACGGAGAACGAACUGCGGACUCUUCGCAAGGCCAAGACUGAUCUGGAGCAGCAGAACGCGGUGCUGGAGCAGCACGUUGACAAUACUAAAGCUGGCUAUGCGAAAGUAAUGGCAGAGGUUUCCGAGCUGAAGGAGGAAAACGUGCGACUAGAGUCCUACUUGAAUGCCCUGCGCCAGAAACUGGUCACGUCCCUUGUCGGCGUCUCGAUUCCUUCGUUCGAGGCAAGCGGCCCGAACAUAGAGAACGUUGACAAGUACAUCCGCCAUUUGGCAUCCCUUGCCGGCCAGCCCAACAACGCUUCACUACUCAAAGCGCGGGAGGCACUGCGGAAGCUAGAUACCUCCAGCCUGCUUAAGCACUAAACGCCAA